AUGUCGAAGGGACGUGGUCAAUGUGCGGCCAAGGGUAAGAGCUAUGAGAAGGGCCGAACCUCUGGAAAAGGUCCACCUCUUGAUGACUAUUUCGAGUUGAAAUCCAGCAAGGUCACGCUUGGAGAAGAAAGCAGAGAUGAGAUCUUGGCACUGAUUGCCCAAUUCCGACAAGGCCCAAAGCCAAAGAAGGAAGUUAAGUCAGAUGGUCAAGGCGAAAAGGAGGAUGAGAGGGGUGAGAGCUCCGAAGAGAUGGAGGAGGAUCCGUUGAUGUCGAAUCGCGAAAAGCGAAAGCAGCAGAUCCGCCUCAAGAAGAAUCUCAUGAAACAGCUUCUUGAGGAAGACAAGCGGGAGGCCUGCGACGCCAAAAGGAAGACCACGGUGAACUCAAAGCCGGACUCCUCGCAUGUCCAGGUGCGUGUUUUCUAUCGAGAUGAAAGGAAGCCAAGUGACAAAAAGAAAGGGCCUGAGCUAAUCCGGAGAGGUGCUGCAGAUGCAGUGGAGGUGCCAACGACCGCUGAGCUUUGCUUUGCGCCAUGCCAGGGGCUUGUGGAGCUUGCCAAAAAGAAACUGCAGAUCAAUGGGAAGAAAAAACUGUGGGCCUACAAGCAAGGCGAAAUGCAGACCCCACUAGAGAAGACUGCAGAUUUGGCUGACAACUCGGUCUUGGUCAUUUCGAUGAGGGAGAUCACGUCUUCAGACGUUCCCGAGGAGGUCACGGAAAAGGAGCCAAGUGCGAGCCAAGGGCCGGAAACGACGGGAGAGAAGCCUUUGGAGACAGCUCCAUCCAUGCCAAACCUAGAGGCAGUGAGAGCUGCGUAUGCACAAAGGGCGGUCUCUGCAGCCCCGCCUUUGACGAAAGCAGAGCGGCAAUCGAUCAGCGAAGAAUUGCUGAAAUCUUGGGAGGCUUAUGAGGAGCGCGGCGAUUUGCUGCGAUCUCGCUCCAAUUUGCCAGCUGCAGAGGUGCGAGCUCCGUUCUUGGAAGCUUUGGCUGCGCAACAAGUGGUCGUUGUGGCUGGAGAGACAGGCUCUGGCAAGACCACCCAAUGCCCUAACUUCAUUUUGGAGGCAGCAUCUGCAACAGGAAGAGGUGGGGACGUGUCAAUUAUUUGCACCCAGCCGCGGCGUAUUGCAGCGGUCGGUGUGGCCACACGAGUGGCAGAAGAACGAGGUGAGACAGUGGGUGGUCAUGUUGGUUAUGCCGUCAGAUUGGAUUCUAGAUCUACCAGGUAUACCCGGCUACUCUUCUGCACCACGGGAGUGUUGCUGAAUCGCUUGAACGCAUCACCGGACUUGGAAGGGGUCACUCACAUUGUGCUCGACGAAGUCCAUGAAAGGAGCCUUCACACUGACUUUUUGUUGACAAUCCUUCGUGAGCUCCUCUAUCGGCGACCUGAUCUGAAGCUCGUGCUGAUGUCAGCAACGAUGCAACAGAGCAUAUUUUCCGAUUACUUUGGCGGCCUGGUGGACGGGGAUGAACCCCGCGUGCCCGUGAUCAACGUAUGCGGCAGAACUUAUCCGGUGACUGUGCGCUAUGAAGGCCAAGCGCAGGCUGCGUCCAAAGGGAGUCCCAUCGGUCCAGUUCGUGCUGAAACUGUUGAUGUGGAGGACUUGGACGCAGAGUUUGAGGCGGAGGUGAAGCGACAAUAUGGCAGGGGUGCUAAGGAGAUUCGAAUUUCACCAGCCGUGCAGAGCAGUGCCGAUCUUCGACAAAUUGCAAACCUUUGUGCUGCCAUCCUUACCGGCAAGUAUGAGCCAGAUGAAGAUGGGCAGGAAGAAAGAGGUGGAGCAGGAGGUGCCAUCCUGGUUUUUUCUGCCUGGUCAUGCUGA